UGUGUCGAUCGAGCCCCGUUGAGAACUGCGCUGUCUCUGUGCUUCACCGGAGUAGACAUAAACAAAUUAUUAAAAGCUACAGGUUUAGUUUUCUCCAGCAAACGUAUGCGCUGUCACCGGCAGAGAGUGUGUUUCGGCUAACGAAGAGGAUAGAUCGCGAAUCUGGGAAGACGUUGAAAAGUAACUAAGGCUCACUCGGCCACAGGUAGCUCUUUCAGCUCUGAAUAUCAAAGUACAGGUCAUGCGGGUGUCUCCGGCCGGACAGAGAGCUGUGUUCCAGUGCUGCUGUUACUGCUAGUCUCCCCGGUGGACUGAUCGCUUUUGCCGCAAGCUGAGCAGGAACGACGGAAUAAGCAUGUCUCGAAGAAAGCAGAGCAAACCCCGGCAGAUCAAACGCUCUAUUGGGGAUCUUAAUGGAGGUGAGGAUCCGUCUGAUGAUGUAAGCAUGUCAGGAGAGGAGGGCGGAGCUUCAGACCAGGAGGACUCUGCAGAGUGUGACGGUUCAAGUCCACCUUCAUUUACACCACUUUACAACGAAGAGCCAAGAACGCACGAGUCCCUGGCGGUGCCGGAUGAGGGUGAGGAAGAUGAGAAAGGACUGAAACGCUGCACAGAAGAUGAAGAGGAGGAAGAGGCAGAAGGGGAAGGGGAACCCCAGUGGAACGGCCCAGAUGAUCUUAUGCUAAGCGGCAGUGCUGAUGACUUCAAGGUCCUGGCCCUCAGGGACCUGUCAGGUGACACAGUGUGGGGUCCGUUUUCUGGCAGCAUCCAAUCAGGAGAGACCACAGAUGGACCUGCCAACGAGAGCCAUGUAAUGUCUCUGGAGUGUAAGGAGCCAGACUGCUGGCUCAGAAGAAUUCCUGUGACCUCAAGCCUCUCUGAGUCAAACUGCACCAUCUACAGUCAGGGAGGAGCUUUAUUCUGUAAGCUGACACAGGAGCUGUCCAGUGGAGAUGCUCUUCGGGCAACGCUGUCCUGCUCCACAGCGGAUCAUUCGGCAGCGACCCAGACCCACGGCGUGCGAGUGAAGGAGGAGCCUGUGUAUCCCGCUGCUCUGCACACUGAGAUCCAGCUCCUCCCACAACAGGCUGGCAUGGCUGCCAUCUUAGCAACUGCUGUCGUUAAUAAGGACAUUUUCCCUUGCAAAGACUGUGGGAUCUGGUACAGAAGUGAGAGGAAUCUUCAGGCCCAUCUUAUGUACUACUGCGCAAGCCGGCAGAAGCAGCAGACCGCCGCCUCUCCUCCACAGGACAAGCCUAAAGAUUCAUACCCUAACGAGAGGCUGUGUCCCUUCCCGCAGUGCAACAAAAGCUGCCCCAGUGCCAGCUCUCUGGAGAUCCACAUGAGAACACACAGCGGAGAGCGUCCAUUUGUGUGUUUGAUUUGCCUGUCAGCUUUCACCACUAAGGCGAACUGUGAGCGACACUUGAAGGUUCACACAGACUCUCAGAAUGGUUUGUGUCAUGGCUGUGGUUUCAUCUCCACAACGCGAGACAUCCUGUAUAGCCACCUGGUCACCAGUCACAUGGUUUGCCAGCCUGGCUCUCAAAGUGAGGUGUACUCACCUAAACCACCACUGGCUGGAGGCUUGAGUCCAGGAGACUCUGGCAUUGUUCUGAAAUGUCAAGUGUGUGGCUACUCUGCUGACACACCUGCCCUACUUCAGCAGCAUGUCCACACACACCUGGAGGUGAGGGUUCCAGCUGAAAGGAGCCCCACUCCUCGCCAGAGCAGUCCUCCUUCCUCUGAGCUCCCAGACCUGCAAGACAGGGAGCUUGUUGCCUGCGUGCCCCGACCCGACUCUUCGAGCCCAGGAGCCAAUGGCAGCUCGGCCUCUCAAGGCUGCAGUCCCCUCAACCAACUCACCAUCAAAGAGGAGCCAUGUUCAGACUAUGAAACCGAUGCAAAGGAAGAAGAACAGGUGGGCAGUCCUCAAGUAAACGCAGUGGAGGCAAGCUCAUCUCAGUCUAAUUCCCCUAAGAGCCCCACCGUGGUGGCGGUUAAGACAGAGCCGGCCAGUCCCACCCCAGGUUCCAGUCCCGCACACUCUGGAACAGGGGGUUCAGUUGUAUCUGGAGGGGCAUUGUUCUUACCACAGUACAUGUUUAAUUCUGAGUCUGCCAUAAUGCCACAAGCAUCUGAGAUAUUGGCAAAGAUGUCUGAAAUGGUUCACAGUAGGCUUAAACAGGGACAAGGACCUGCAGCCGGACAGCAGACCUUCUAUCCACCAGGCUCUCCUGCCAGCGUUCAAAAGGGAGCCACUUGCUUUGAAUGUGACAUCACCUUCAACAACAUCAACAAUUUUUAUGUCCACAAGAGGCUUUACUGCUCCAGCAGGCAUCAGCAGGGAGAGGCAGCAGGUCUGACGAAGGAAGGGGCGGUCACUGCUGCUGCUCCUCCUACUGCCCAAGCUGCUUCACCUCAGGCCAGACCGGUCAGUCGUGCGGCUUCAGCCUCUCCAAGCUACCCCGACACGGCAACAGGAGGCACAGCCUCUGAGCCAAAGUUGGUGGAGAUGAAAAGUGAGGAUUCAGGGAUGAAAGAUCUCACCUGCUCGUCGUCCUCGGAGGGAGAGGGACCUGGGGGUGGGCAGGCCAGCGAGGGUAGCCAAAGUCCUAGUGGCUCCGCUGAAGACACAGACGACGAUCCCACUCGCACCUUCUGCCAGGCCUGCAACAUUCGCUUCAGUCGUCAUGAUAACUACAUUGUCCACAAGAGAUUCUACUGUGCCUCAAGACAUGAUCCCUCCAACCAGCGACCCCAUUCUGGCAAGACAGCCUUCCUUCCCCAACCUAUCCGCACGCGCAAGCGCAAGAAGAUGUACGAGAUCCACAUGGCUCAAACCGAGGCUUUAGCUAAUGCCACUGCUUUGCCGGCAGCAACAAGUCUGGGGGUGAAACAAGAGGGCCCUUCCAUUCCUCUUUUGCCCCAAAUGUCCACACCAACACAAAGCUCAAGUCCUGAGGGCGAUGGACCCAUCGACUUAAGCAAAAGACCCCGACUAAGAGAAAGCCAAAGUGGGAGCAGCAUUCCCGCUCUCCCCCUUACUGACUACCACAAGUGCACCGCCUGCAGCAUUAGCUUCAACAGCAUUGAGAACUACCUGGCCCACAAGACCUACUACUGCCGGGCAACUACCCUGCAACCGCAAACUAUGGAGCAGCUUAACCGGCUAAAGAGACCCACUUCCACUUCACCGAAGAACUCUGAUGCCAAAGGGCUUCAGAUAGGUAAAACUGCGGUGGUUGCAUAUCCGUCCACCUUGCUUGGCUCUGAAACCACCCCUCCACAUGUGCAGGGAGCAAAGACCCCGAGCACCUCCCCAGUGAUGUGUCCCUACUGCCCUCCCAACAAACUGCUGACCUGUGAUCUGAUGGAGCAUUUUAAAACAACUCAUGGUCUGGUGCUCACACUACAGCAACAUCUUGAGGCGCAGUCCGCAGGAGUGAGUCCCAGUUCUAGCCUAAGCCCUAGGGAAGGAGCUCCUCUCACCCCACCUAAACCAAGCCCUCGGGCCCAUAAGGACAGUGUGAAUGGCCGGAGCAUCAAGUUGGAAGCAACUUCUCCUUCCUUACCUGUAGUUAAUGGAAGUCCAGUAGAACCCAAGUCUGUGGGGUCUGCUUCUCCAAAAGCUGUACCCCCUGCCCUCUCCCCUACAGGAGUAACUGUAUCACCUGUGCCUGAAGCGCUUAGAGAGGUUGGGCAGCUAAGCCACACCCCAUUGCCCAUACUCCUCCCUGAAAAGGCGGUCCUUGCUGUAAACCACGCCCACACAACUCCGGCCAUGCCUAAAACACCCCUCGUCUCACCCAUGCAGAAUGGGAACACACGCUACUGCCGGCUGUGUAACAUCAAAUUCAGCAGCCUCUCCACUUUCAUUGCACACAAAAAAUACUACUGUUCCUCUCACAGUGCCGAACAUGUCAAGUGAGCCCUCUACCUAGUCCAUUCUGCCAUUCCUCUAAUGCAUAGAAGUGCCAAUCACGGCACUGCCCGACCUGAUCUGGACAGAGCAUGAUAGCGGGACUGUUACUAGCCAGAUACAGAGGUUUUCAUGCUGACCAUGUUAUCUGGAGUUGUUACUAUGGUAACUUAUUACAUGUUAUGGGUCAAGUUUUUAUCACACUAAGAGAUGAGACUACCUGCACACAGAAUGUGCCCCACUGACCUAUUCCCACAUUCCUGCAGACUUCUCAUUUCACUUCUAAGUUUAGAAAUCUGCUGAUGGAAAGUAACCCUUUAAUUAGCUUUUGAAAAUUGUGUUUUAAUCACUCCUAUGUUCUUAUGUUCCUUCUAAUCAAUGAUGGCAUUGUAUAUUUGUAAAAGAUUGUUUGUCUGAGCCAUUUUUUUUUGUUCUAAAUUGCUGAUUUGAGGUAAAUUCUGACCCCUAGUGGAGGUCUCUAUAGAAACCAGUCGGCAGAUUUUUGUCAAUACACUGACUCAAAAAAUUUUUUGUAAAAAACUGAGUAACCCAGUUGAAAUGUCACCUGGUUACCAGUUCAAGAUGAAAGAAAAAAUGUGAAGAAACUAUUUAUCAUUUGAUUCCUAUUGCAUUUCAUGCGAGUUAAAUACUACCUAGUUUCUUUUUAAAGAAAUACUUUUUUUUCGUUUUAAUACUGUCAAAAGGAUCCAUUUCAAUCUUCAGUGUGGUGUAUUUUCUUGGUUCUUGAAUAUGUCAUAUUUGACUUUUUUUGGCAUUGAUCAAUGGGACUUGAGAAGUAAUUCUUUAAGUGUUGGUCUAGCACGGGAGAAGACGGCACAAACUAUUCCGUCUCAGUAUUUGGUCUUGGCUCCCAGACAGACGUUUUCCAUCAGAUGGAUGUGCAUUUCGGAUCCAAGGACUGUCGUAGGGUUUUAGGGUUUGGAUUUCAAACAGUGUAAGAUGGUUGUUCUGUUUCUAGUCACCAGCUCACCUUGUCUUUGUCCCUAACAAAAAACCUUCACUGCUUCAAAUCCAAAACCCUUUUAACCUGCUGAAAAGUGCCAUCUGUAAUCUGACAAACUGUCAUGGACAUGCAAAGAAAGGCAUGCUUGUUUGGUCUUUUUUCUUUUUUUACCUUGAAAUGAAGUAUAGCAUAGAAGAUUCAUAUCAAUGUCUUGCACACUGUUGAAUAAUGUUGAAGGCCACUGAAAGAAAGAGAAUUGGAAACUGACUCAUUGCUCGUAUUGCUUCUUUCUUAAACUGGCAAUGAUGCAUCGCUCUUGUCCUUCUCUCGUUUGCUCUGUUUCUCUCAUUCUCAAUGAUGACUCAGUGACGUUUUAUGCUCCUCUACAUGUGCGUGUAUGUUGAAAAGAACAGCGUCAUGCAAUCUAUUCUCCUGUGCAGGCUACCUUGGCAAAGCCUUAACAAAGACUCUUGUCACUAUGUCUGAAACAACGGGUCACUUAUGUCCACAAUGCUCGUCACUCUCCCCCACUAAGUGGACUUUGUGUAUGUUACAAGUGGUGUUUCCCAUUUCCUGUGUUACAAAAAAAACAACCUCAGUCAUCUCUGCGGUAAGAGCAGGAACACGCAAAAGUGUGUGCAAAUGAGAAAAGUUAUAAUUUCUCUCUGCUGUUGUGGUUUUAAAACGGUGUUGCAACCGUCAUCAACACAGACGGGCGUUUACAAUUCCAUUGUUUUAUCAUUUAGCGACUCUCACAAGUCCAAAAGACCAGUGCUGAAAACCUUUGACCUUUCCAGAUCCCUUUUCUAUUGCACUGUGUUGUACAAAAAUGCUGAAUGUUUUAGUUAUAGAAGCUUUUUUGUAUGUAUUUAUGUUUUUACAGCACUUUUUCUUGUUCAAACCUAUCCCCGAAGGACUAACUCGUGAAUUUAGAACAUUUUAACACAAGUGAAAGGUAAUUAAAAUACUUUGUGAAUAAUUAAAAAUGUUGAUGGAAAAAUAAUGAAUGUCAACCUUUUUCUUUGUUUUUUUUUCUUUGUUUUUUCUCAUUUCAACUACAAAAAGUUCCACUACACACUUGUCCAAACUAUGCAUGGGAAAUAAAGAGUCCAGAAGGACAUUCAAAGUGCA